CCCCUUGGUGAUAUAGCAAGAAGCGAGAAACGAAACARUAGCAUUCCUGAACCAACCGGAAGGACGAGCAUGGAGAGUGGGUACCGCAAGUAUUAGAUCACAAACUACUGACACACAAACUCWGUGCAAGAUACACCAGCGUUGGUAGACAGGACUGACUGCUACUGUGCCUGGCUAGUAGUUAMGCGUCUUGCCCCCUCACUCCGUGUUGAGAUCGCAUCAAUCWGUUCGAUCGAUUGAUAGAUUUUUCGUCCGGAUCUUGGUCGGCACAUCUGGUUCCUUGUUGUGUGUUAUCAAUAAGAGAACAAGGCACAGGAGGUUUGCACCAUAAUACGCCGUGGUCUUGUGCGCUGCAAAACAGAUUGCGAAGCGUGUUGUUCGAGAACACGAAGAAGGACUGACCUUUGACUCGAGCAGGAACGUCARAACAUAUCUACAAUGGACAACUACUUAUCCAGUGAGUUCGGAAACCUGGGGCUUUCGUCCACUGCUCGUGAGUGGAGACCCCCCGGAGCCCAGCAGCAGCAACCAACCACCAACCAGCAGCAGUAUCCGCCACUAGCACCAGGCUCCGAUCAGCAAAAAAGCCCACCUCAAGUUUCCAGAUUGGUUUCGAAUGAUUGGCAGUACCAGAACCAAGGUGAAACAGAAUUGAACCAUUCUGUGAAGGAAUUUGUUCCCGGCCGUGGAUGGAGCACACAAGGAUCUGCAGCUUCGAAUGCAGUGAUGGAAGGUGAGAAUACGAGGGAGAUUUGGAUUGCCCUCCAGCGAUACGCAGUACCCCUUUAUGAAUUGCGCCACUUGCGCGCUGCUGGUAACUCACUUGUCUCUUUUGUUCAUGGUCUUUCUGUCUCGACGUUUUUCGCUGUCCGUUAGCCAAAAAGGACCCAUCGUAUACGGACAUUUUCGGAUCGAAYAUGUCGCAUAACGAACCUCAUGAUGGUUCCGCGUCCAUGGAACAAAUCCUUUCGGGACCGGGAACAUCAACGGUACCUUCUGGGCCAACGCCUCCUCCKUUUCGAAGCUUGCAUUCCCUKGGUUUGUCGGAUGACAACUGGAGGUACUAUCGUGAUCUAGCCGCMGAGGAGACUCGGCAAAUGAAUCCAUCCGAUCCAAGACACAAAGCAAUCCCAUUGCCAUACUGCAACGCAUUUUGUUUGGAUCCCCCCAAACAUCAAAAUUCGCGCUCCUCGUUCGGCUAUCCCGCUUCUACGUACCAAGUGGUCAAUCGAGAUGAUGGCCACUUGUAUUGUCUCAGGCGAUUCGAUAAUGUUAAAUCGGUCAACCCCAAAAUUGCUGCCGCCGUGAUGGAACAGUGGGCGGGUCUCGAGCACCCAGGAAUUGCCACUCUUCAUCAAUGUUUCGUGGCACAGCGUGCCGUUUUUUUUGUCCACCAGUACAUUCCCGGCACUCAAAGUUUCCUCCAGAUCGCAAAYCCCCCGUCGCUAAGUGAGCCCGUGAUUUGGAGUGCCAUUUGUCAAAUGGUAACAGUCAUCAGACGAGUCCACGGUGCCGGAUUGGCUCUGCGCACCCUCGACUUGCGUCACACACUGUUGCAAAUGGAUGCGYUGCGGUUGAAGGUCUUUCUGAAUUGCUUGGGCAUCGUGGAUGCCCUCGAAUUCGAGGCGCGCAAACCAAUCCCGGAGUUGCAAGCGAAGGACAUGCGGAAAUUUGGCCGCUGGAUCCUGAGCAUUGUGACYGGAACAAACAUUACGGCUUCGACCGAUGCGCAAACCCUGCAAAACUGCGAGCGGUACUGCAUGCAAAACUACUCGCGAGAUCUCAGACACUUCAUUUUGACUCUGAUCCGUAGUCAGAACCCGCCGUCGAUUUUGGACGUCAGCCGAGCGUUGCCGGGCCGUCUAAUGGACGAGCUGGAYUCGACACAGCUCUCAUUGCUACGUACCGAAAAGGCCUUGUCCGGCGAGUAUGAGUCGGGCCGUGCGCUACGCCUUUUGCUAAAACUAGGAUUUGUCAACGAACGGCCCGAAAACGGGGCCAACCGCAGAUGGUCGCAGUCGGGAGACUGCUAUGUSCUGACCCUGUUUCGUGAUUACGGUAAGUGUGAAACAUGUGCUGACACUGUGUACUCCGAUUGUUCGAUACGCAACGCAAUAGUCUCCUCCACUGUGCUCUUACCCUUGACGCURACGUAUUUUUCAUCCSACUAGUUUUCCACCAAGCCGAUGGUGCUGGCAAUCCAGUUAUGGAUUUGGGCCACGUCGUAACUGCUCUGAACAAACUCGAUGCGGCAGACGAAGAGAAGAUCGUAUUGAGUUCUCGUGAUGGAAAAUCGGUAAUGGUGGUCAGCUACGCCGACGUUGCUCGCUGCUUGAACUCGGCCUACCACGAACUAUGCUCCGGAUCGACACCUCUGCAAGCUCUUCAGCGCGGAAGACAAGGGCAACCCUAUUGAUAACGAAGAAGAACGAAUACAUUUUUAUGAUACACAAACAAAGAUCAGAAACAAUAUCUUGGCAAUUCUGUUUUUGCURAUAUCUGGUUCCUGCAUUGGAAGGUAAGACAAGGAAAAAAAAAACAAUAGAAAUCACGUUGUCAU